CCUUUAACAUAUUGUUCUUUUCUUAUACACUGCCCACUUGGCGAGAAUCCCCUUUUCACAAUAUCUUGAUGAACACCAUACACUGUCUGUCAUUAAAUGGGCCACUCUUAUUCCUUGUUCUCUCAUAAAUUUGAUACCAACAUGCCUUCUUUCCAAAUCCAGAAUUUUCCUAUAACAUCCCUUGAAUAUGAGUGUGUAUAUAUAUAUAAUUUAUACAAGUAUAGGUAACCCUUAUCUUUGUAGCACUUUCCCCUCCUUUCUCCUGAUAAACCCAACUGAGGAAAUGAGACUUGCAAUUCUUGUAUGGUUGUUGAUCUUUUGUGGUCAGGCCAUACCAAACAUGGCAUUUCAAGAGAUCCCCAAUUCACAGUGCAACAAUUUCACCCAGUCAGAAGCUGUUAAACAUGUACAAGUUCAUGGUCCAGAAGGCAAGGCGGGAUUUGAUAUAAGAGAUUACAGGGGAAACUGUGAACUCUUCCACUCGAUGAAAGGACAGAAAGGUGGGCAUGGAAGUUCAAACAUUGUCCAUCGCCCUGGCCCUCGUCAGAAAAGUGGUGCAACAUUAUUAACAGCAAAACCCGCCGCCUUCUUUCUGUCAGCUACUGUGUUCGCUGUUGCUCUGGCUUUGGGUAUCAUAAAUUUCUCUAUUCUAUCACUAUGAAAUUAAGAACAGGAGAUUUGGUUCCAUAUCGGGUCUCCAGCUUCGAUGAACGCCUUGGCUACUGCGUUACUUGUGUGAUUUAACCAAGGAGUCUUACUAGUGUGGAUUUGUUUUAUUUUUCACAUUUUAAAAAUCUUCGUCUCUAAAAGCAUGCUACGGUAACUCUAGCAAUUCAAUAUCUAGUCAAAAGAAAUACAAAGUUAUUAUAUAAAUAUUAGACA